AUGGGAGAUUGGAACACUGUUACGGUGCCAGCACUGUCUCCAGGUGAAUUAUUGAAGUCAUAAGUUAAAUUUUGGAUGUCUUAAUGCAGGAAGGGUUGAUUAUAAUUAUUAAAAGAUCUUAGCAGUUGAUAGUUGAGACUGACCGUCUGUAUACAAAAUAGUUAAAUUAAUCUUUAAAAUGGAAAUGCAUAACUAUGUAACUGCUUCUAAUAGGUUUUGCUGAAGAAAGUUGGUUUUUGCAGAAUUGUGAGAUAUAUAUAUAUAUAUAGAGAGAGAGAGAGAGAGAGAGAGGGGUAGCUAAGUAUUUCCAUCUAACAAUCAACAGAAAAUUUAUUGUAAUGUCUUGUAUGUUCAGAAUGUUGUGACUAACGUAGUAAGCUUUGUUGGGGAAAGUUAAGGUAUAAGAUACUGUAUCUACAAGGUCACUCGUAUUGAUUAUACAUAAGAAAGAAGGAAAGCACAUUCGUUAUUUAAUCAGAUGCAAAGCUUCACAGAGAGAGAUAUUGCCACAAAUCUUUUGGAAUUGUUCUUAUAAUUAGCUUGCUGGAUGUCAUAGCUCUCGGUUUCCAACGUUUAGCUGCCAUUGGUUAGUCAUCCAAAUUCUUCAAUUGUGUAUUGUUUAUUUUUGUUACGCAGGAAUUACACUUGCCUUGAAACCAAUUGAAUGGUCUCUGAUGAUGGGUAUACAUGUUUGAGUAAAACAAAAACGAUUGGUAAUAUUUUUGUAAUAUUUUGCUUUUUCCUCUCCAGAUAAUAUCACUUGGUAUACCUCAGGCAGAAACAUGUCCCCCUCAAGCUUAAGUGCACAGCAAGCGCAUUGCUCACCACUGCCUUUGUCCAAAAGUGCGCACAGCUUUUUCAGUGCCUUCUGCACAGAAGAGAAUGUUGAACAGAGCCUCUCCUAUCUUAACAGGGUAAAUUGACUUAAUUGUGUAGCAAAUAUAAGCAUGCUCUUUGAGGAAUGAAUGUGCCACUCCCACCCACCCACCCACCAUUUGCUCCUUAUGGCAGAAAUAGUACUCUGUUUGAUAAAGACCUGAAUGUUGCCAGAGAUUGGUUUAAAAGGAAUUUGUUCUGUUGCGCUAGGAGCUGACCACGCUGGGCUUCCCUUCGCUUUAUGCAGACUCCAGAGGCAAAGAGUUAAACGUGGUAUCGGUUUUAAACUGUGUGAAUGACAUGCUGCUGCUUCAGCGCAAGACUCUGCGAGCUCAGGAAGAAACAGAAACCCAGCAUCUAAAACUGGGUAGCGACAUGGACCACCUGCAGAACAGCUAUACUAAGUUAAAGGUGCAACAUUUUAUUAUUAAUUGUUUUAUUUUAUUUGGAUUGCUCGUUUGCUCUUGAUUCCAUGGCAGGUUACAGCCAUAAAAUUCAUUGAAACGCCACCAACAUAUCAGAAUGCAGCAUGACAGCAGAUAAUAAUAAUAAUAAUAAUAAUAAUAAUAAUAGUAGUAGUAGUAGUAAUUUAUUAUUUAUACCCCUCCCAUCUGGCUGAGUUUCCCCAGCCACUUUGGGCAGCUCCCAUUCAAAUGUUAAAAACAGUACAGCAUUAAAUAUUAAAAACUUCCCUGAACAGGGCUGCCUUCAGAUGUCUUUUAAAGAUAGGAUAGCUGCUUAUUUCCUUCACAUCUGAAGGGAGGGUGUUCCACAGGGUGGGUGCCACUACCGAGAAGGCCCUCUGUCUGGUUCCCUGUAAUCUCACUUCUUGCAAUGAGGGAACUGCCAGAAGGCCCUUGGUGCUGGACCUCAGUGUCCGGGCUGAACGAUGGGGGUGAAGACGCUCCUUCAGGUAUACUGGGCCGAGGCCGUUUAGGGCUUUAAAGGUCAGCACCAACACUUUGAAUUGUGCUCAGAAACGUACUGGGAGCCAAUGCAGAUCUCUCAGGACCAGUGUUAUGUGGUCCCGGCGGCCAGUCCCAGUCACCAGUCUAGCUGCCGCAUUCUGAAUUAAUUUCAGUUUCCGGGUCACCUUCAAAGGUAGCCCCACGUAGAGCACAUUGCAGUAGUCCAAGCAGACAACCAACCAUUUACCACUGUCCACCUCGGAUCAACCCCCUCUUAAAGCCCAGGCAACUCAGUGUUUAACUGGCACCAAAAGAUUAAUGAUGGUGCAAACUGUUUUCCAAGGAGGAGGGAGUUCCAUAAACAGGGUGCCAUCUUAGAGAAGGUGCUUUCUCAUGCCAUUGUGCAGUGAUUGCUCCCUAAGAAAUGAACAGCGAGAGGGGCCUUUCCUGAUAACCUUAGCACAAGGGGCACAAAUAGGGAGAGGUGGCUCUUUCAAAUAUUUGUGCCCCGAGUCAUUUUGCUUUUAAUGCUAACUCCUUGAAUUGGGCUUGGUAGCAUACAAUAGGCGAAGAUUAUUCUGAGAUACCGAGCUGAUCACCUGGUCUGAUUUCUAUUUACCUUCUAAAGUAGAAUUUGGAUUUAUUAUUGCAGGUAAAUAGAAUAUUUUAAAUGUGCGCUUUGAUGUCAACUGACUUACUUAGAAUGCCCUCAGUAUUUUGUAAGGGAACUCGCUUCAGCCUUGUCAUGGACGCAACAUUUAGCUCCCCUGUGUGCCACGAUAUAGGCAUGCAUUUUUGUGUGUGUAUAUCAGAUGAAAAACUCAUAGCGAUUAGAGCAAAUUUUUGAAGUUGCAUUUCACAUCAGGGGGCCUUUUACUGCCAUAUCCUUUUGGUUGGGUCUUCAUAGCACUGCGCUUUAUUUAAUUCAGAGCAGCGCUACGGGCAGGGCCUUUUUGCAACAAUAUUCACGGGUAAGAAGUACUGGAACAUUUAUAUUUUAUAUUUAUUUUUUUGCUGCCUAUGCCAGCCAUUUUAUGGAGGCACUCAUGGCACUUUUAUCUCUAUAUGAGCAUGGUCACCUCUCUCUCUUUUUUAAAAAACCACUUGCUAUGGUAGAUAUCCUGGUGGUUCUCUCUUUAACACAGUAUGGUUAACACAGCACACUUUGCAUGCGGUAUAAAUGACUCUCAGCCUUACCACUUCUAGCCUUGUGUUAAUGAAUUAAUUCCAGAAGGCAGAGUGUGCUGUGCAACGCGCAGGGUCGCAACUAGGAUUAGUCCCCCCUUAUUCCAGGUCUGCAGGUUGGAGGCAAAUUGAAUAACUUCAUUAAAAUACGGAAGAACAUAGAACUUGAUUUCAAUGCAUUCCGUGAAGGUAAGCUGUUGUGCUAAUGCCCUGGGGUUCAGACUAAUAGAAGCCAAUCGCUUAAUACUAAGUGCUUGUUUCUGUGACCGAACACUACAAUCUCAGUAGUCUGGCAGCAGCCAGUUGUGUUUCAGGUAAACUUGUGAGAGUGAAUUGUGGGUCACCUCCUCUCUCCCUCUUUUUUUUUUUUUUAAACAGGAGCAGCUGGAAACCUCUAGAAGAGAAAUAGUUGGACUUCAAGAAAGGGACAGGCAAUUGCAAUGCAAAAACAGGAAUCUACACCAGUUGCUAAAAACGGAAAAAGAUGAGGUUAGUCAGCCUGUACGUUGAUGGCCAGUGGCAUUGAUAAUUUUUGCUAGACUGAGUGAACUUUUAAAGAAUAUUGCCAGCCUUUCAUUUAAAAGGAAAUUCACUAGGUGUGGAGUUGUUGAAACCUGUGUUUGCAGCAGGCUUGUGUAAUUGACAGUGUGGAAGCUGUAGCCCUCCAGAUGGUGAUGGACUACAACUCCUAUCAUCACUGACCAGCACUGGCUGCUGAUUUUCUGGGGUUCUAAAAUGCGAAAGCUUCCCACACAAGUACACAUGGUUGCCUUCUGCAAUUUGGAAGGUGACACGACCAGGGGCUAGAGCUGGCAUACUCAAUGCGGGUGGCGCUGUGGUCUAAACCACUGAGCCUGUUGGGCUUGCUGGUCAGAAGGUUGGCGGUUCAAAUCCCCGCGACGGGGUGAACUCCCAUUGCUCUGUUCCAGCUCCUGCCAACCUAGCAGUUUGAAAGCACGCCAGUGCAAGUUGAUAAAUAGAUACUGCUGUGGUGGGAAGCUAAAAGGUGUUUCCGUGUGCUCUGGUUUCCGUCACAGUGUUCCAUUGUGCCACAAGUGGUUUAGUCAUGCUGGCCGCAUGAUCUGGAAAGCUGUCUGUAGACAAACGCUGGUUCCCUCGGCCUGAAAGCAAGAUGAGCGCCACACCCCAUACUCGCCUUUGACUGGACUUAACUGUCCAGGGGUCCUUUACCUUUUACCUUUACUCAACCCAGCAGCCCACCUAUUUUGUGUUAAAUAAACACAUUUCUAGGAAACUGCACUUCAUCUUCAGUUUCACACCAAAGGUAGUGAAGUUGUUUUCACGAUUAUUAACUCUGAAAUGAAAUGGAGGUGAUUCAAGGGUUAUUAGCAUCUUAGUUUUUUAUUCUAAAUCUGCUCAAGAGCUUUGAAGUAAGGUUACCAGAUGUUCCCGUUUCCUGGGGACAGUUCCCGGAUUUACAAAUCAGUCCCCAUACAAAAAUCCAUUGAAGUUGAGAAGUGUCCCCAGAUUCAUUGAAAAAAGUCUGGUAACUUUACUUUGAAGGACCCCUUGGAACAGUAGGGAAGGUUGUGUAGGCAAAAGAGAAUAUGUGGGUCACCCCACCCCUUUUAUUUGGCAUAAGGAAGCUUCCACUGUAUCAAAGAGCUUUCCAGUAUCAGUGGCACAAUUGCAUCCAAACCAAUAAUUGGAAUUUCUGGCUGCAUCAAUAGCAGAAUUACUGAUCUAAACAGUUUCAUAUUAGGCAGGAAUUUUAAUUCAAAAUCAAGAGUAAUCUUUUCUUUAAAAAUAUGCAUUUUGUAGGUACAGAAACUACAGAACAUUGUUGCAAGUCGAGCCACCCAGUACAAUCAUGAUAUGAAGAGGAAAGAAAGAGAAUACAACAAACUGAAGGAGCGCUUUCAUCAACUUCUUAUGAACAAGAAAGAUAAAAAAAUGAGUAUGUCUUCUAAAUCUUUUUCUAGGGGUGGGGCUGGUCAGUUUUGUUUCGCACUCUAGUUUUAAGUGAUCAGUCAUUACCCUUUUUGUUUCCAAACUGAUAGGCAUGGAAACUCCUAAAUUUUGGUAAAUUCUGGCAGUUUAGGGAAGACUGUUCCUCGGGUUGCAUUGUCCAAACAUCAUGAUGUAUAGUGCAGGAAAAGUGGUACCUUCGAAGAAACACAGUACAGUCGUACCUUGGAAGUUCGUUCGACUUCCAAAACGUUUGGAAACCAAAGUGCAGCUUCUGAUUGGCUGCAGGAAGCUCCUGCAGCCAAUUGGAAGCUGCGGAAGCCCCGUCGGAUGUUUGGAUUCCAAAGAACAUUCAAAAACCAGAACAAUCACUUCCGGGUUUGCGGAGUUGGGGGAGCCAAAACAUCCGAGUACCAAGGUGUUUGGGAUCCAGGGUACGGCUGUAUAUUGCUUUUCUCAGAACCUAACUUGAUAUGAAGCCUAACUCGGGGUUGGCAGGUAGACGGCACUGGAUGUUUCUGGUAUGUUUAGGUUCGGACAUAGCAAGGACGACAACCAGUUCCAACUUGCCAAUGUCUAUCUGCAUGAGGCUGAAAGUGGACAUUGUAAUGACACAGUCUCACUCACUUGGGCUUCUGUACUUCACACAGCGUAAUGCAAUACAAAAUGUAUGGUCAAUUGUCAUCUUCUAGGGUGUCUGAAAUGUGUUUUUAAUUUCUCCUUCUUGCAGCCAUGGAUGUUCUAAACUAUGUAGGUAGAGUUGAUGGCAAAAGAGGUGCAUGGAGAACUGGGAAAACAGAAGCGAGGUGAGCUGGUCACCAUCUAAUGAUAAAGAGCUUUUACUGCUUUAUUUUUGCUCACGACACAGUUUUAUUUUUGCAUUUUUCAUGCUUAGUUACUAUGCGUGUUCUGCUUUCAGAAAUGAAGAGGAGAUGUUCAAAGCUCUCUUAAACGAGUAUGAACAGCGUCAGAAACAGCUUCUGAUAGAAAAUGCUGAGCUCAAAAAGCUGCUUCAGCAAAUGAAGAAGGAGAUAAUCUCUCUCCUUCCAUCACAGAAGCAGAAACCCAAGGAGAAGUCUGAAGAUGGCAAUGGAACUGUAAGUUUUAACACACAGAGACACACACACAAAAACAAAAUCUCACCGUAAGGUGUUGUAUCAUGAGAUCGUAUGAAUUGUUUCUCACUUUUGUCUUCUGUGAUUCAUCUUUUAAAUGGUUAGACUUGCAUCUUCCACCAGGUGCUACUUGAGUAGUUCCGAACUAAGAUAACCAUACAGUCCUGUUGAAAUCAAUGGGAAUUAGUCAUAAAUAACCUAACUUCUCCUGUUGACUUCAGAAUGUGCCAUAGUCAGGCUCUAACUCCACAUGUUUUAUUUUCUGCAAGACAGGAAUAGCAGAUUUCUGUUCCUUGUGGGAGAGCAUAGUUUAUAUAUACGGGUGUGUUUUCAUUAACUUGGGCAUGUGGGAAUUGUUGCUCUUAAACCAGAAAUUAAAUUCCUGCCAGCAGCAUUUCAUUUUUAAAAAUAUUUCCCAUUAUUACACAAACUUCAGAGCUAGAUUAGAUUUGCAAAACAGAUUAACUCUACCUAAACUGCCCUGGUAUUUGACUCCUCUUAUUCUAUCUACUCUGUGUGUUUGUAUCUGCUAGUUACUUUCACUGCUUCCAUAGUUAUUAAAGCAUCACUUGACAGUCUUCAUAACAUUUAACACUAUAACAUUUGAACACAUUGUGUCAUUCUUUUUUACUUUCAGUAGAUGGAGUUAUUGCUUUAUUUUGCCACGAGAAACACCCUGGUUUAUAGGAUUGGAACUAGUGACUUAGGGUGCCAGGCUUAAAGCAUGAGAGAAAUUGGGAGAUUCUUGGGGACUGAAUUCAUGUAUCUUCUUUGAAGAAUUAUAUUUUGUGUGUUUUUUUAAAAAUAUAUAUGAUCAAAGUACUAUUUUCCUGAAAUGUUCUAUGCUGCCAUUGCAGUAUAUUUGAGAUAAACAUGUUUUUUAAAAAAAGUUUUUGGAGCCAGUGCAAUUUCACAACCAGUUCUGAGUGCAUCGUGUCCAGAAAAACAGGAUUUUAGAAUUCUGAGCUGCCUUAACUGGUAGGAGAUGCUGGUUAAAGGCUAUGGAAAUAUCCUUUUAUUUAAGUGGUUUUCUAGAAGAGGUGUACACAUUGUGCAUAUAAAUAGCUGUGUAGAUGAAUAGCCUAUGCUGGAAAGCAUAAUGUAACUGUAAGAGAGAUUUCUGCAAGAAAUAAAUUUAUGUAUAUUUGUUUGAAGAUUUAUCUUUGUUUUUCAACUCAAAAAAAGUUCUCAAAAUAGAGAGGAGCACUAAAAUCAAAAUAUUUACAGUAAACCAUCUACAUUAAAACGCAAACUAAAUCAACAGUAUUAAAAGUAGGAUAACAUGAACCCAACAACCCCACAAUUAGCUCAUACACUUUUGGAAACCACUGUUGCUUCAUGGAUAUCUUCUAAAGUAGGCAUUUCCUUUCAGGUUCUCUCAGACAUGGAGGAGGACUCUGGAGAAGCAAAUAAAGAGAAUGUGUGGGAACUUUCUUGUGAAACAGUGCGUGAACAGCUUGCUAACAGCAUUCGGAAACAGUGGAGAAUGCUGAAAAAUCAUGUUGAAAACCUGGACAACCAAGGUAAAAGUAGAGACCUGCAUCAUACUUGUGACAUCUUCAAUCCUUCUGUAAUGUUGGUUGAGCACUUGCUAUGGAAAUACCUAUUUAAUACUGUUUUCUAGUGGUGCUGUGAUCCCUCACUACAAACCAUCUCAAGCAAUAGAAACUGGAUUUUCCUUACUACAGGGGAACAGCUAGAAGAAAGUUGCAUUUAGUACAAUCAUUUUAUUUCAGAUAUAUUAUGACAGAAAAAUUUCGUUAUGCCCUUCAGGAAUUGGGGGGGAAAACUUACACCAUUGUCUAUUUACAAAUCACUUAAUUCAUAAUCACACAAGCAUUAUUAGCAGGUUUGACUUUAAUGGAAAAAAUUCCUUUGUCCUCAGACACUUUAUCUCAGUUCUUUCAGUUGUAGAAGUUUUGAGAAUAGCACUUCUGUUAUCCUGUAUUUUCAGGCAUUUUGGGUUCUUCUGCUUUCCAUCUCUAAAGUUUUCUCCUUCUAUAUAUUACAGCCCCUAACAAACUCAGUAAUUUCCAGUGCCCAUCUUUUUUAUUAUUUUUCCUUUGUACAUUAAGUAAACAAUCAAAUUCUGAUUCCAUUCAAGUCUUUUGGAGCCUUGCUAAUGCCUUCAUUGGACUUUUGGCAUAAUUGCUUUGAAAGAAAUGCUGGCUAUUUAUCUAAUGACUAAGUGAGUCCAUGUAGCCCCAGAGAACCUGAGCAAUUUAACAGACAACUGAGUGUUGGUUUUCUCUAUUUCUAUUAUACAGAGGACUGGUGAGUAUGAUCUGUGCUGCAACACCUCCAGAAUUUAUUGACUUCUAUUAAAAAUGGUCGAUUCUUUGUAGAGUUAGAUUUUUCUCCUCUAGAACGAAUUCAGUAACUACUGAUUUUUUUGCUCUAUGACUCACUUUUUCCCUCCUAAAAAGUAAGGGGAAAUGUGUGUGAGUCUUAUGGAGUGAAUGCAGGCUGCACAGCUAUUCCAGAAGCCAGAACAGCAAGAGGGAUUGCUGCUUUCACUGCGCAGCAAUCCCUCUUGAUGUUCUGGCUUCUGAGAUUCAGAAUAUUUUUUUUCUUAUUUUCCUCCUCCAAAAACUAGGUGCGUCUUGUGGUCUGGUGCGUCUUAUAGAGCAAAAAAUACGGUAUUUUUUAAUAAAAAGGCAGAAAUUAACAGAAGGCACUUUUCAAACUUGCAGUGUCACAUGUGCAUUCUGGGUCACCGAACGAGAAAGAUACAAUCUCAAGAGAGAGCCAUGAGCUAGAAGUCGAGAGGCUGCAGUUGGAAAUUCAGCAGUGCAAAGAAAUGGUAAAAACUCAGCAGCAGCUCUUACAGGUAAGCAUCUUCUCAGAUGCAUGGUCUUAGAUGAAGUAUGCAAGAGGUAUCAAGUAGUUCAGCCUUAGCUUUCCACUUAACAAUUUCCUCAUGUUCUUUUAGGUCUGUAGUAAUUAAAUAAUAAUAAUACAAAUCUACAAACAGUUUUAAAACGUGCACAUUUUAACAUGAUUUUAAGAAGUCUGCCUUGCCUGUGCAUUGUUGGAUCCUGGCACAAAUGGAAAAGAACAAGAUCACAAAUUCCUGAAGGGGAUUAUGCAGGCUUUUGUAUCCUGGUGUGCUUCAGAACUAAUUUUAGGAAGGAGGGCAAGGAAAACAAAACUCUAGCUGCCCUGCUUCCUUGCACUUUGAAUUGACUAGUUUUAGAACUUUUUGUGCAUGCUGCAGGUUACAUAAUGUUCCAAGUACAGAGCAGCUGAAUUGAAAUGGAAUCUUUUUCUUAUGCUCAGUAGUUCAGUUUAUAGAUUCCUCCUUUCCACCAACACAUGCUUUUCUGAGUUUUUGGCCUAGUAGAACACCUAGUUAAUUAUCAUUGUCAAGUUUAUUUUGACUUUUUCUGGCAACUAAAGAUAACUUUAUUUUGGCCCAGGUAGUAGCUUCCAAAUAAUCACUUCUCAUUCCCCCCUCCCCAUACUUACGUGCAGCAGCAGCUAACUUCUCCAUGUGAUGAUGACACCAAUAUGUUGCUAAAGGACUGUUACUUGCUGGAAGAAAAGGAGAGGCUGAAGGAGGAGUGGAAACUGUUCCGGGAACAGAAGAAGAACUUUGAGAGAGAGCGCAAAAGUUUUACAGAGGCUGCUAUCAGGCUAGGACUUGAGGUACUCAAAAUGAUUCUGUGCUUUCUAAGGCUGGAGAGCAGCCUUUUUCUGUGCUUCUCAGGUAAAUCAAAUUACCAGGAACUACAGCUGAUCUGUGUAGCAGGCCUUGUUCAUAUUGUGUCCACUGUUUACCACAGAAUGAACACUCAAAUGUUUGAAAGCAAAAGCAGGCAGGGCAUGUUUAGGGGAGCUGCAGCUAGCUACAGCUUCUUUGCAUUUAUCUAUUUGUAUUUAUAGAUCUGCACCCCCCACUAAAACAUGCCUGCUGUAUGAUGUCUGGUCAGCCUUUGGUUCUAAUUCCAACCAUCGCAAGUAUUACAGCUUGUGGGUUCCCCUGGGUUGGCCUAGGGCAUGUUGAGCUAGAAGAGCCAUUGACCUGAUUUACCUCGGAUGCUCUUAAAUGCUUACAGUGGUGCCUCGCAAGACGAAAUUAAUCCGUUCCGCAAGUCUCUUCAUCUUGCGGUUUUUUCGUCUUGCGAAGCACGGCUAUUAGCGGCUUAGCGGCUAUUAACGGCUUAGCGGCUUUAAGAAAAAGGAAACAAACUCGCAAGAACUCGCAAGACGUUUCGUCUUGCGAAGCAAGCCCAUAGGGAAAGUCGUCUUGCGGAACGACUCAAAAAACGGAAAACUCUUUCGUCUUGCGUGGUACCACUGUACAGUUCGUGCUCAGCAGCACCACAGUUCCAGGUGAAGAUCUGCAAAAGCUCUAAAACUUUGCGAUAGCAUUCCUUCUCUGUUUAGUGUGGGAGGUAUGCAAGCAGAUUUUUUUCUUCCUCUUACUACAGGAAAGCAGAGAUUGUGUGAGUUUAGAUCCAGUGAGCCAGUGUGGUGUAGUGGUUAAGAGCGGUAGACUCGUUAUCUGGUGAGCCGGGUUCGCGUCUCCGCUCCUCCACAUGCAGCUGCUGGGUGACCUUGGGCUAGUCACACUUCUCUGAAGUCUCUCAGCCUCACUCACCUCACAGAGUGUUUGUUGUGGGGGAGGAAGGGAAAGGAGAUUGUUAGCCACUUUGAGACUCCUUAGGGUAGUGAUAAAGUGGAAUAUCAAAUCCAAACUCCUCCUCCUCCUCUUCUUCUUUUAACUAAGCAUCUCUUAGAAACUCCUUUCUCACUCUUUCCUGCGCUUGCUCAGAGUGGAUCCAAAUUCUCUCUCUUUGCUGCUUGUUCUCAGGCACCCUCUCCCUCUUUCAUUUCUUCUUUCCUUUUGCCUUAUAAUCUUUUGAACCUAUGAAAAUCUGUGAUGUUAAAGCUUCUGCGUCCUUCAAGUUAGAAGACUAUGAUCAACUUGUGUGUUUUUCAUAAGAGCAGAAUAGUCCUUAGGUUGGAUCCUUCUUUCGUCUUUGAAGUCGACACCAUAUUUCACAGGACAUUUUUCUUUUUCAAAGGAGCUUGCUCUUACUCCCUCAUGUCCUGAACCUUUUCUGUUGCCCCAAAUGUUCUCUUGCUGCUGAGCAAAACCUGGCACACAUCAUUCAAAGAGACAAUCUCUUUGUUUCCUUCCAUCUCACCUCCUUGGGGGAAAAGGUCACCAGCCCCGCAAUUGCCAGGUGGACCAAAGCCUGCUUAGCUUUGGCCUAUGAAGCACAGCACAUCCCAGCACCUCUGAACAUAGGGGCACAUUCCACCAGUGUGGCUGCCGCCUCAAUCAAAUGUCUUCUGCCAUCUUGGAAAGCUGCCAGGCAGCAACUUGGCCUUUGGAUAAGCACCUUCACAAGAUGCUACAAUUAGGACUCGGGCAUCUCCCCAUAGGCCAGUGUUGAGUGGGUCCCCAGAUGUUGUUGGACUACAACGCCCAUGAUUCCUAGCCAGCAUGAUCAGUGGUCAGGGAUGUUGGGAGUUGUAGUCCAACAACAUCUGGGGACCCACAGGUUGAGAACCGCUGCCAUAGGCAUAUUUGUAAAUAGCCACUUGUCCACCCAGUAUUUAAUAGAGCCUGUUACGUAUUCCAUCUUGGGAGAGAGAACUCCUUCACCAAACAGAGAAUGGAAUGUUGGUACUUGCAGGGAAGUUCAUUUCUGAUUGGGGCGCAGAUGUAUUAAGCUUAAAUUGGCUAUCAAAUUGCGCAGGAGGCUCUUUCAUGGUCUCCUAGCCAGGUCAUUAUGUACGUUAUUAAACUGCUUUUUCUGCUGCAGACUUGGCCAUGAUGUGAAACUUAUGGGGGGUGGGGUGGGGAGAGCUUAGGUUCAGUGCCUGAAGUUGCAUGGUCCAUGCUUUCCUGUGUGAGUGAGAGAUAACCCACCUUUGAUACCUCCACUAACCAAAGCAGAAGGGGACCUCGAGCUGAAGACCAAUGUUAUGAUUUUCUUUAACAGCCUGCAUUCAGUUAAUUUAUUAAGUAUAGUGCCAAGAUGUAUGUUGAUUUGUUGUGGUAAUUUUGGGUUUUCUCUUGGUGUAGAGGAAGGCAUUUGAGGAGGAUCGCGGGACUUGGCUGAAGCAACAGUUCUUGAGUAUGACUCCUGACCAAAAUAAAUGCGAUCACACGAAACCUCAAAGUGCCUUCUGGGGAAGUAAGACUUUUAUAAAAAAACUCUUCACAAACUCAUUCUCCCUUUAACAGCAGAAAUGCCUACCUUUAGCUGUAAAUCUCUACGACUAAAUUUGUGGUGAUAAGUGCAAUAUUGUUCACUGGAUUUCUGUUGUAUACACUUAGUCUAAGUAAAGGGCAUGAUAAAGGACAAGGCGGUGUACUGCAAUGAUUUUAUUUUGCUUCCUAAUGAACUGCUCGCUGCACCAACAAACCUCUAGUAGCUUCCCAGCUCUGACAGCAUUUGGCAUUAUUGUUUCCUAAGAAGCAACAUUUGUUUUGCAGGUACCGACUCGGAUUAUCCAUUAGCAAAUUUCAGGUAUCGCCAAAAGAAACUGAACCACAUGACCAAUGCCUCCAAAUUCUCAGAUGUUUGUCAGGCAGCUCUGCAUAUCCUUGAGAACAGGUACCCGCGUUUAUUCUGUCACUUUUGCCUUCCCUUCCGUACAGCAUUAAAAAGUUAACAGGCUGUGGUAGAAAUAUUCACGAACCUCAGAAGUUUUUGGAUUAGAUGUUUGUUCCAAGAGAUGUUAGAAUCACUUGACUCUGUGUAAUAAUUGCUCUCUUGCAUAGGAGCCAACUCCUAAGGGCCGUGGGGGCUUCCACCCCCACAAUAAAAUAUUUGAGGGGGCUGGCCCCCAAUAAAAUUGAUGGGCAUUCCCAAAUGGGGUGUGUGCACUGUGUCACGUGAUUGGUUAUGCUUCCCUGGGCCCCCACAAUAUUUAUUCAAGUUGGCACCCUUGUUCUUUCUCUUAUGUAAUCUGUUCUUAGCUCUUUUUUGGCUUCAACAAGUAUAAUGGUUAGACAGUUGGAUUAGGGUCUGAGAGACCUGGGUUUAAAUUCUCACUCAGCCAUGAGGCUCACUGGAUGGUCUUGAGACAGUUGCCUUCUCUCAGCCCAAGUGGGGGGUUGUUGUGAGGCUAAAAUGGGAAGGUUGGUGACCCACGUUUGCCACUCUGAACUCGUUUCAGGAAAGGUGGGGUAUGAAUAUAAUAGUAAAUAUAAUACAACCCCUCCCUAACAGUUUUCCAGUCUCACAAGGUCUUGCCAGAAGUCUGACGGGGAGAUGGGUUAAUUCUGCAAUGAAUUGGGACAUUCCAACAUAAGUUUAUUUUUUAUUACAGCCGUACCUUGGAAGUCGAACGAAAUCCAUUCCGGAAGUCCGUUCGACUUCCAAAACUUUUGGAAACCAAGGCGCGGCUUCCGAUUGGCUGCAGGAAGCUCCUGCAGCCAAUCGGAACCUGUUUCAGACGUUUGGGAUCCAAAGGGCCUUUGAAAACCAGAACACUCACUUCCGGGUUUGCAGCGUUUGGGACCCAAAAUGUUCAACUCACAAGGCGUUUGACUUCUGCGGUACGACUGUAUUUACUUAUAAAAGUAUUUAAAUACCACUAAAUCACAUGAAAGUGGUUUUACAAUAUUAAAAAGAUAUAAAAUAAAAAAAGAGUUUAAAACAAGCAUCAACAAACCAUUGUGGGGGGGAGUACUGAUAAUUGCCUGCACAGGAGGCCUGGCAGACUAAAAAAGUUUUCAGCAGGCAUUUAAAAGUUGUCACAGAAGGCGCCCGAUGAAUCUCUAUUGACAGAGUAUUCCGCAAUACUGGGCCAAUGACACUCACAACUUGGUUUCUUCUUCUUGUCACACGAACCUCACCAACUUGGGGAAUGGUCAGCAAUGCUCCUGCACAGGGUCUCAGUGACUGAGCUGUGAUAUAAGGGUUCAGGGUGUUCCCUGAGUUGCCUUGGAGUGGACCCAAGUUGUUCAGGGACUGAUAAAUCAAUACAAGAACCUUGAACCUGGCUUGGUGGUAAAUGGGCAGUCAGUGCAGCUGUUUUAACAAUGGUGUCAUACAUUUUCGGCCAGAAACUCCCAUCAGCGGCCCUCAAGUUUAUUGUCGCACACCUGGCCAUAGAGCUGUCGUUGGAAUUGUUCAGGGCAGGGCAAGUCUACACAACGUAGACCAAGCCGAUUGUAUCCCACCAGCCCUGUGUUUUGCUUGGCAUGGGCCAUUCCUUGCACCAUGGAGGUAGAAAAUGAAGAACCCAAUGGUACAUUGCCAUAUAUAAUUGCCGUAUAGAAUUGGUAAACGGUGCCUGUCUUGGGGGAGGUGUCAUAAAUUGCGUGAGCCAGGGCUCCUCCUCCAAAUUAAUGUGCUUGACCCUCUCUUCUUGUUUCUGUUUCUCCUUCGCCUCAAGUGCCCCUCUGGAAAAAAACCCCGAUGACCGAAAGCCAAGCCAGGUUAGAAAGGAACAGUUGAGGAAGAUGCAGACUACUGAUGCCAGUCCCGUUGCGCAAGACGAUGUGGACACCUUGCACAUGCUACUGCCAGCAAACUUAUGCACAGAGCACAUAGAUAACUUGCCUUAG